AUGAAAAUGCAGGACUGUGAAAAUGUAACUCGCCUACCUGGGCACAGUGGGAGGUGUUGGUUCUUCCUUAUCCGAGCUCUUACAGCACCAAGUCCUGCCUUGGAGGCAGUGGUGACAGACAAGUCCUCCCUGGGCAGGCUGGCUGGUGAGGACCUCGCCAGUCAGAUCACCCCAGGUGCUUGUGGGUUUGUUCCAGCAGGGUCCCUGCUGCUGCUGCUCGGGUCGGCCCUGGCGCUGUGCCCGAACGUGGCCUCCCAUCCCGCCUGUCUCAAGGGUGCCAAGUGCCAGGUGAUCCUCCAGGACCUGUACGAUAUCGCGAGCAGCUUGUCUUCGCUCAUGUAUAUCAGAUCCGUUGUACUUUUCCAGGAAUUUGAAAGAGUAUAUGCCCAGGACCCACUGUACUUUGUGGCAGCCAUCAGUAUGUGCGACACGACAACUCACAUCCCCAUUUCAACUGCGAAUGAUGACCUCAAGGAGAUGCAGACUGAAGACAUUAUCAGAGUUAUGUUCCGCCUGCUGAGCUCCUGCGAUGACCCCCUGAAGCACCUGGCACAAGAAGCACAUCGCCUGCCGAAGUUCAAUCAUUCGCUUACGUUUUCAGUGAGGAUUCUGUCUGAUGAGAUCCGGAAACUUCAAGAACUCACAAAGCAGAUAGUACACCAGGAGAAAGUUCAGCAAAUCUGGGUCUACAGUUAUCCCAGAUUUGUACCUCAUAUCUCUGGAAAUGAGCUGGCAUCUUCAGAGGCAGCACAGUGUUACUGGGGCUCUGGAAUCUGA